AUGAUGGAAGAAGAUGAGGGGAGCGAUGCUGCCGGCUCUUCGAAGAAGAAGAAAAAGGUAUAUAUACCUGGUGUAAGCCGACCGUUGCGUGAGGACGAGGAAUGGGAAUUUGAUCCUGAAGCAUAUCGCAUGUAUCAUAGCUUCGAAACAAGAUGGCCAUGCUUGAGUUUCGAUACGAUUGAUGAUGAGCUUGGUGACGGGCGAAGCGGAUUUCCGCUUAGCUGUGAUCUGGUUGGCGGAACACAGGCCGAAAAAGCGAUGAGCAACGAGCUGAUUGUCAUGCGACUCUCAAACUUACAUCCAAUUGAAGAUGAGGAAGCAUCGGACAGUGAAGACAUUGAUGAGAGUCCGGACAGCAAAGAGCCGAAAAUGCAUGCUGCAGCACUUAACCAGGGGAAAGUUACACUGUGGAAUCUUACACCUGCUCUACAAGAAAUAAGUGCCAUGGAGGGGCGUGAUCGCGUCGUGAAACGUCCCAAAGAACGACCACUGUUUUCGUUUGUGGGACAUCAAGCCGAAGGAUACGCGCUAUCAGUAGAGUUGUUCCGUUUUGUUAUGGAUCCAGUACUUACAGGUCGACUUGCAUCCGGCGAUACCAGGAAUAAAAUAUAUCUCUGGACAAUGGUUGAAGGGGGCCAGUGGGUUGUCGAUCAGCAACCCCUUGCUGGACAUAAGAAAUCCGUGGAAGAUCUUUGCUGGUCACCACCAUCGGAUGCGUGUACAUGUACCGUUUCGAAUGCGCAUGAAUCGGAUGUUAACGUAAUAUCAUGGAAUAAGUUUGAGCCACUGAUUGCAAGUGGUGGUAAUGAUGGGGCCAUAAAAGUGUGGUCACUCAAAACGAUGCAGUACAACGAGCCGGUUGCCCGAUUUCGACAGCAUAAAGCACCAAUAACAUCCGUGGAAUGGUCACCGUACGAGACAACAACAAUAAUGGCAUCCGGGGAAGAUGAUCAAGUUACGAUCUGGGAUUUGGCGCUUGAGGCAGAUUCAGCGGACGAAAUUGAUGGAGUACCACCGCAACUGCUAUUUGUUCACAUGGGACAGAGCGAAGUAAAAGAGGUGCACUGGCACAAGCAGAUUCCACAUUUUGCGAUCACAACAGCACUCUCCGGAUUCAAUUUAUUCAUCCCGAGCAACUUGUAG